AAACUCAGUGCAGGCUCAGAGGAGCUGUCAGAGGGGGGCUCUCUGCUGGGCGGGGGGGAUCUGAGUGACCAGGCCUGUCUGCUGUCAGACUGUGAACACCACACAUCCGUCCUGACCGUGUGUCUGACCGUCUCUGAGGACCGGACCCAGUACCAGUGUGAGGUGCUGUGCAGGGGCCAGAGCAUCACCAGAGUGACCACAGUCCGGGUGAAAGUGGAGCCGUCUUUCCUCCAGAUCACCAGCAUCCCUCAGAUCCCCAAGGUGGAGAGGAGCCUGGUGCUUUGCUGUCGGCUGGAGAACUUCUACCCCCAGGAGGUGGACCUGGAGUGGUCCAGGAACGACGGGGAGCCGGUCUGUGGGGUCACACACUUCGGACCUUUCUCGGACCACACCCGGCUGUACAGCCUGUGGAGUAAGAUCCAGCUGCUCAUGGCCAGAGAGGACGAGAGGGCCGUCUACAGCUGCCGGGUCUACCACUCCAGCUUCCCUGCUCCGGGGUACAAGGACGCCCUGUACCACAUCAACACUCAAGGGACUCCUCCUGACGUGAUGUUCAUCGACUGCGAGCCGCCGUGCCCCCUGCUGGGGGGGGACUGCACUCUGCAGCUGUGCCUCAAAGACUUCUGUCCUGAGACGUGUCAGUGACCUGGACUAAAGAUGGAGAGGAGGUUCCCUCUUUCAACACCCCCCCGAGCCUCAACAUCAACGGCCUCUACUCCAUGUACACUUUCCUCAAACUCACCCCCACCAAGCAGGACCGGGGCUCCAGGUUCAGGUGCCGGGUGGAGCACAGCGCCCAGCAGGAGCCGGAGGAGAGGCUCUUCACCCUGCCGCUCACACACAGCCUGCUGAGCAUCCAGCCUGCAGACCCCUGAUCCUGCAGGCUGUCUGCACUCCACAGUACUUUGAUGUAUGAGAGUGGGGAUGCUCUCAGUAGAGAGGUUUAAUGUCGUGGGUCACAGGUUCCUAAAGGAUGCACCAGGGGUGGGGAACCUUUUUCCUCUCAAGGGCCAUCCUCCGAGGGCCGUACAAAUUAUUGACCUCUGCUUAAAAAUACUAAAAUCACAGCCCACU